AUGGAUGUAUUAUAUAAGUAUAUACAUGAUAUAAGUACAAGACAAUGGGUAUGUCAUAUUCGUAAACCAUGUGUUAGUAAAUAUAAUGAACUUUUAAAUAAAAGAGACAUAUUACAAAGUCAAAAUAAAAGUAUUUAUUCCUUACUAGUUAAAUUUUGCACAGUAUAUAACAGCUAUAAACAUCAUCCUGAUUAUUGCUCAGGAUCUCUAGAUAUAAUAGUUUCCCCAUAUGAAAAGAAUAAAAAUAUGCUUCCAAAGAAUUCGAUAGACACACAUGCGCAAACAAAGAGUGAUCAAACAUCUAGAUCGCAUGUUACAGGUUCGAUCAAACAUAUGAUAUCGUCGAGGGCCUCACAAAUUUCAUUAAAGAAGGAAACACAGCUUUCACCAGAGGCGAUAAGACGAGUGAUAUCAGAGCAAGUCGCACAUAUUUCAUCAGGGCCUGCUGCACAGGUGUAUACAGGAACACUAUGA